AUGGAUUGCUCAACAUCAACCGAAAUUUGUCUGCCAGACCUGAGCCUUCAAAAAUGUCAAAUAUGUUCCCAGCCAGCACAUGGCCAGCAUUUCGGUGCGUUUACUUGUCGGGCUUGCGCUGCAUUUUUCCGGAGAUGUCAUUUCUCGAAAGAAGCUAAACCAAAAUGUCGGAAUAUGAAGUUUAAGUGUAAACCAGAUGAAAAUGGAAGAUGGAGUUGCAAAAAGUGUCGAUUAGAUAGAUGUUUGGGACAAGGGAUGUCUACUAAAAACAUCCAGUAUGAUCGAGAUUCCUUCAGGUCAUCAAAAACUUUUUUGAAGAAACGUCUAUUAUCUUCUUAUUUGACGGAAAGAGUGCCAGCGACUGUUGAAAAAAUCCUUGGCUCACCUCAUUAUAUAUGCUUCAAACUGAAAAGUUUGCCAACCAAUCACAAGUUUGUCUAUAUAGAUAUGACUGAGUUUGCUGAAAGGUUGAGUGAAUUUUUGGUAGAAAAACCGUCAUUUUCUUUUGACCAUCCGCCAAAAAUAGUGCAUAAUGAGAAUGUUGAACUCAAACUAAAAAAGUUGAGCAACUUGGAGCAACUCGCAUUUGGACUGGAUGACUAUCGAUCUUCACAGCAGACUUUUUUGAAUGAAGCCACUCUAAUAACCAAAGAAAUCGCUGUCAGUGGAUGGGAGAAUAUUAUCUUAACUGUUGCGAACUGGCUGAACUAUUCAGAAAUUAUCAGAAAUCUCCCGGUUUAUUUAAAGCAAGAAUUACUGCAAACCACGUGGCUGAUUUGGGGAAAGUUGGAAAGAAUCGCAAUGACAGCUCAGAUGAGAGUGAAUAGGCAGUGUGGGAAGGAUCAAUUUGUGGUUUCUCACGAACAUCUAAUCGACUUUUCUCGAACCAAGGCGGAUAUGAGUUGGUGGAGUCAUUAUACUUACGAAGAACUUGAAUAUCUAUUCAACCCGAAAGAUCUGCACUAUGAUGAAUUGGUGUGGGAGAUUAUCGAGAUUCGACCGGAUUCUGUUGAACUUACGUACCUGUUGUGUAGUCUGUCGUUUGUAAACUCAAUUUCCGGAGAGCUCCGGGAUGUAGUGGAGGAACUGCAGGACACCUUGGCCAAUGAUUUACACAACUAUUAUACUAAACGGAAUAAAACAUCGUAUACACUAAGGCUACGUCAGUUAAUGAAGAUUUAUGAGAAAUUUGUUAAGUUGAGAAAUAUUCGAUCGGAAAAAUACCACAUCUGCUCGAUUCUUGAUGUUUUCAAACUUUAUAUUUCAAAUGAGGAGUUUUUCAAAGUAGCAUGCUAA